CAGGUUAAUGUUGCAGUUGUUAGUGUGUUCUCAGAUAUGCUGGAGUACAAUCUUUUAAUUCUGAGUUUCAUCACUGUUUUCGUUACUACCGGUUCAAAUGGAUCGAUCAAGGUUGAUUGUAAUCAAUCAGCUGAAAGUUCCGAAUGCUCUACCGAAAUCACCGAAAUAAAGGACCGCCAAGUAGAGACAACAAGAGCACAAUUGAAUUGCAAGUGUGGAGUUAGAAACUACUCCUCUCGGAUCGUCGGUGGGAGUCCUACAGGGCAAAAUAAAUAUCCUUGGCAGAUUGGAUUGGUCCGGACAAGUACUGGAAAAAUACCUUAUUGUGGAGGAUCACUUAUCAGCAAUCAGGAUGUACUGACAGCUGCCCACUGUACUAUGGGUACUUCAUCCACAGGAAUAUUUGUAAUGCUGGGUGAAAAUGAUCUUCUGAAUGACAACGAUGGACAAACUGUUGUUCGAGUUUGUGGAAAGGUUGAGCAUCCUCGGUACCAGAGCAGUAACCAGGAUUUUGAUUUUUCUAUUCUCAGACUCUGUGAUCCUGUCACAGUUUCGAAGGGAAUAUUGCCUGUUUGCCUACCUGAAGGAACUGGACGAGGAAGAGAAUAUGAAAAUAUUGCUGCGACAAUCUCUGGUUGGGGAACAACUAGCUCUGGAGGAUACCUUUCAAGGUUUCUCAUGGAGGCACAGGUCAGGACAAUGAGCAAUGGCGAAUGUUGUGGAUCCAGAAACAAAUACUCAUGCAGUCAGCUGACUAGUAGAAUGAUAUGCGCGGCAAACCCAAAUGUCGAUUCUUGCCAGGGAGACUCAGGCGGUCCAAUGUCAUCGAAAGGAAGUACUGGUGUUUACACCUUGAUCGGUGUUGUUUCUUGGGGAUAUGGAUGUGCACAGGCGGGAUAUCCAGGAGUAUAUGCACGUGUCACAAGUCAGCUGAAUUGGAUCAAAUCCAAUAUGGCGGGAAGCACCUGUUCUCAAUAAAUCCAAAUUGGCGGCUACUAGCUAGUAUGUGUUCUCAAUAAAUCUAAUAUGGUGGGCAAUAUAUGUUCUCAAUAAAUACAAUAUGGCGGGAAGCACCUGUUCUGAAUAAAUCCAAUAUGGCGGCUAUACUGGCUAGUAUGUGUUCUCAAUGAAUUUACUUUUGCGGGCAGCAACUGGACAGUUUACUAUUUAUUAAUGAGAUAUAUAACGUACAAAUAUAGAAUUAAUGUACAGUCGAAAACAUUAAGAAACUUUGUAAGUUUUUAAAUAUAUUGUCAAUAAUUUCAGCUA